GAAAAGAAAAGAAAACAAAAAAAACAAAAACAAAACUACCACUACCGAAUGAAGAAAUUACGAUUGUUCUGCAAUAUUUCAAAUGAAUUUUGUCAAAGUUCUCCUCCCACUAAAACUUUAAAAGGUUAGAAACUGGUGAGACUCAUACACACAACAGAGCGAGUACACCAACGCAACAGACAGCAUGAGGACAAUAAUGGCUAUAACGAUUAUUCUCUUUGUAAUGACAGUUGGGGCUCAGGAGAUUGGCUCUUCGGUAAGCAAGAUACGCCAAAAACGAAACUGGGUAGUGGACAUUUUUACUAUGAAAAGAGGCUUCAACGGAACCGUUGGAUAUGUGUCCAUUUUUGGAGAUAUCGAAGACUGCGAUAUCUAUGGCCCUGGUGUGAAUGAAAACCCAAAGGGCAUUUUCCUGAUUAACAAGAAAACCAAGGAAAUGACUGCAAAUGGGAGUGUGUACUAUGAGAGCAGAAAAAAUUUCACGCUUAUAUUUGAAUGUGCUCACCUGCAACACGUGUACGAAAGACUUGCAGUGGACGUUCUGAUAGAGGAGUGCCAUGAGCCAUAUUUCAGUAAAAAUACUUACAUUAUCAGCGCAGAAGAAUCGAUGCUGCAAGGUACAAAUUUAUUAUCAAUGGUUGUACCCAAUAGCGUACAAAAUGAAACUUUAACCUUCACUGUUAAAGUGAACCCAACCCCCCAUUAUGCUAUGUUUGUUGUAAGUGAAAAGCUGGAAAUGUCUUUCAGAGGAUGUCUGGACUAUGAGGAACAUAGGAAACACACUGUAGUGGUUGAAGCAAAGGAUAAUAGACUUUUAACCCCACAUUCCAGCACAGCUACAGUGAUAAUCAACGUUAUUGACAAAAAUGACCAUAAACCUGUAAUUACAGGCAAAACGGGCAGUGGACAUAUAAAAGAAAGACAGAUCGGAGCUGAAGUUUACAGAAUACAAGUGUUGGAUAAAGACAGUCCAGGCUCUCCAGGCUGGAAGGCCAAUUUCACACUUCAUGGUGAAAAAGCAGAGAACUUUAAGAUUGAAGCAAACCUUAAAACCAAUGAGGGCGUCUUAUCAGUCGUAAAGCCACUAGACUAUGAAGAGACCCAGGUGCUGAACCUGACGGUUCAAGUGGAGAAUGAAGAGCCAUUCUUUUCCUGUUCAGUUCGGAAGAUGUACUACGAUGGAAAAAUGUGUGACAUCGACUAUUCGAGUGACGGCUCCAGCUCUACGGUGCUUUCCUUCCCGAUCAUUGUGGAAGAUGUUAACGACCCGCCGGAGUUCACGGAUACCGUUAAACACGUCACCGUCAUGGAAAACACACCAUCUGGAUACAGUCUGUGGACAUUCACUGUAACGGAUCAGGACCGGAAUCCACCAAACACACACAAGUUCAUUAAAGGAAAAGAUAUAGAUAACUGGGUAACAAUUGAACCAAUGACAGGAAAGGUUUCCACAGCCAAAGUUUUGGACAGGGAAUCACCGUUUGUACAGCCGUUUAACAGCACUUACACGGUCAUCCUCCAUGUUGUGGAUGAUGGUAUACCUCCGAAGACAGGUACAGGAACGCUGAUCAUCCAUGUGUUAGAUCAGAACGAUAACGCUCCACUCUUGAAGUACAAUGAGGUGACUAUUUGUUCACCGAAAUCCACGACCAACAUCACCGCUGUAGAUCCGGACCUUCCACCAUUCAGCAUGCCCUUCACCUACAAGCUCCAAGAUGACCAGGGAAAAUGGAAGCUUGAACCAUCCAAAGGAGAAACUGUAAAUCUGGUCAAAGACAGCAGCGUGUACUCGGGCAGCUACAAGCUCAUUCUGAAUAUAACCGACUGUGGAGGGUUUUCCUCAAUACAAAAACUGUCAGUCACUGUACGUAACUGCUCAGGUGAUGGCAGACACCUGAGACGGACUGGAGCCCCCGGCAUCUUCAUCAUCUUUAUAUGCCUUCUCUUGAUACUAUGUGUCCUACUCAUGGCGUUCAAGUGUUCAUGGUGUUCCGACCAAGCAGAGAAAAUACCAUUUCCUGAGAUUGGAGAUUCGAAAACUCUUUUGCGUUGUUAUAAUGAAGAAGGACCAGGAAAUGAUGUUCAGAUACAAAAAAUCUUUGUUCACCCUCCAGAUGAUGACUUGGAUGUUCCUGCAAAGCAAAAAGACAUCAUUAUUAUUAUUGAGAAGAACGGGAAAAUUUAUCGAAAGCAACGAUGGAGGAAACGGAAACAUUUUCAGAAAAGCGGGGAAAUAACUGAAAAGGAGGAUUUGAACAGGAAAUACACAAUUAGUGAUGACUCGCUGGCUCAGAUUGGGAUAAUGAUGAACUUUAUGAUUGAGAAGAAACUGUCCAGUCUUCAUGACCAGGGGAUGGAGCUGUGCGAUUACAAGCCACACCCAUAUAAUAAUGAGGGUGAGCCUGGGGACCCGGCCGAGCUGGACAGCAUUUCUUUGGCAGACAGUCAAUUCAGUUUAGGAGAGCUCGAAAACCUGGACUCCAAAUUUCACCAACUGGCAGAACUGUGCAGGCCAGACCUCAUCCAGCAGAGCUACAUGAGCCAAGCGUCAUUCUCAUCUCACCAUUAUCAGCAUCAUCACCAUCACCAUAGUCAUCAUCAUCUAUAAACCAGGGAGGGAGAAAUUUGCAUCGCUUUCGGUGCCAUUUUUAUUAUAGCCUCUGUUAUACAUUUGACAUAUUUAUACAGUCAGCGCUGUAGCGUGUUAUUGGCAUCCUUCGUGAAAAAUGGGUGCAAAUUUCUUUAACCGUCCAUGUGGUUAUUCAGCUACAUCGCAACUGAAAAUAUGACAAAAAUCCAACCUCUAUGUUUAGUAGAGUAGAUUUAAUCAUUUAAAUGUAGUUGAUAAUGAUUAUUAUUAUUAACUAAAACUAGGGCUCUAGUAAAAAAAAUCUAUCCAUGAAACAGGAGAAAUAGAAAUUAUUAUUAAUUAUUUAUUAUUAUUAUUAUUAUUAUUAUUAUUAUUAUUAGCGGUCAAAGACCCCUAUUGUUUUCAUUAGUUUUAUUAUUAUUAUUAUGUUUCUUCUUCUUCUUUCCGCUUCUUCUUCCGCUCUUUAGUCUAUGGCAGCCCACAGAACUGCUUGUGGUAAAGUUAUGAAAUUUGGCAGACAGAUAGAGGACAGUCUGAACUGCUAAUAGAGCAAAUUUGGAUUCUCCAUCUCAAUCCCCCUAGCGCCACCAACUGUCCAAACUUACACUCGCAGUUAUGUUAAUAAUUUUUGAAACGUGAGUCCUAGAAACAAAAGUAUAUUUUCCUCUGAUUCCUUGGCUCGAGUCGAUUCGAGUGAAGUCACGAAUGAAGCCGUCUUCCAUCAUGAAAAUUGUUCCGCCAUUUCGAAAUUUCUGAAACACGUAGCCUUUCGAACUCGUCCGAGGCCGUUUGUCCGAUUUGCACAAAAAUUGGCCUGCAUCCAAGAGCAUGCCAAAAUGGACAUGAGGGUAGAUCUCCGUAACGCUUUUGCGUAUUCAUACCAAACUCGUUAAUUUGUCAUAGGAAUCAUGACUCGAGGGUGCCCGCUCAGUUUCGGAACAGUGCCACUUAGUGGUCAUGAGAUAUGAAAAAACACAUUUUUGCUUAUAAACUCUGAAGAGUUUGUCAUAAAAUCAUCAAAUUGGUCUCAAUGGCGUCAUCUAGAGGCACUCAAGACAAAAAGUUAUUCACAGGAUUUUGAUUUGAUCGUACUGUUUUCGAAUGGUGGUUCAACGAAUUUGAAGAACGCACAAAAUUUAAUAUGAAACUGUAUCUCCGAAACGUUUUGAGGGAUUGUGAUGAAACUUGGAACAUAUCAAACAUUCAGCCCUGAGGUUACAUGCAGUUUUGGCACACUGCCCCCUAAUGGUCAAGAGAUAGCAAAGAACGGCUUAUUUUUGGCUUAUAACUUUUGAACUCUUUCCUGCAUGAUAACCAUCGUGCCCAGUUGAGCAGUUUCAGAACAGCACCACAUACUGGACAAAAAUUCUAAGUAGCAGCUAUUUUUAGUUAUUUUUUUAAAUAAAUGUUGUUGUGUUUUUUUUUGUUUGUUUUUGUUUUUUUGGCUUGACCCCAAUAUUGCUGCUUGCUAUAUUUAUUGUUUUUAUUAUUAUUAUUAUCAUCAUUAUUUCUAAAAUGUAUAGAUUUUUCUUCACAUUACCUUCCAAAACAUGUAACUAUGUUACAUACAGUAUACAGAAUAGCACGCAGGGAAAACACAGUACACUAAUUAUAAAGAAAACCACAACGCAACACAAAUACACAAAUGUCCUUAUCUGCUGUUCAUCAGAAUCACCUACCAGUGCACAUUUAUUCUUUUAAAGAAUCUAGAAACAUGAAAAAGUUUUAUUUCCCAAAUAACAAUGGGAUUUCUUUCUGCAUGUUCGUUUCCUGGAGCUAACAGAACAAACCUGACUGUUAUCCGUUAUGUUUGAUUUGGUUGGAAAGUUUCUGCUAUUUAACACCAUUGUAACUAAAUUGCACUAAAGAUAACAAUAUCCUCCUGUGACAUCAGCACAGCACACAACCACUACCGUCUCACAGAAAUAAUAAAAAUACCAAGUACCAACCAACAAGUUAACACUAGAAUCACUAAACACGUCACAGAUAUUUCAAUAUAAACAUAUUUUUUAUUUUUUACGUUUUUAUAUGUUUCAGGCUGGAACUUUCCUUUAAUUUUCAGUUAUUUUGUCUGAAGAAAUGUCGAGGUACACAUUUAAUGCAGAUUUGCAGUGCUAUAGCGGUGCAGAAAUGUACGUCCCAGCCUGAUCGACGUUUGUAAGAUCUGAUUAUGUGUAUUUACUUUUGUUCUUUUUUUUUUUUUUUUUAAAUUGCUAUUUGUAACUGCUGUAACGGUCGUGCCAGUAAAGCACACGGGAUUAACUUGAACUGAGUUGAAAUGAUCCUGGAAGCUCAAUUUGUCAUACAUCUGCAGCCAGAAACAUAACAAACUGUAUCGAUUUGUCUCGACAAAUAAAAUUAGUCUUGAAAUAAAAUUGUG